CCUGGGUGGUAAGAUUUUUUUUUGACAACAUGAAUAAUGUGGUGAAGUCUCUGGCUGAUGAUGAACGGUUUGCCUUGAUGAAGUUCAGAAGAAGUGUUCAAGAUGUUCUUCAACCGUACCAUGACGAUCAUUUCCUUCUUCGCUGGCUCCGAGCUAGAAAAUGGGACCCAGUUGGAGCGGAGAAAAUGCUGCGUGAUUCCCUUGAGUGGAGGAGGAAGUGGGAGGUUGAUAGUCUUGAUGAUUGGGAUGAGCCGCAGGUGCUAAAGGAUCAUUUACCAUAUGGACAUUCGGGAUUCGACAAAGAUGGAGCUCCAGCCGACGGGAAUCCCCGAUUUCGAUCGAAGAUCUGUCAGGGUGGAAAAGUGCCUAAGGAGAUGUACAAGAAGAAUUUCGAUCAGUCGAACGAGGACUUCACAACGGUGAUCGUGAAGAAAGGGGACAAGAUGAAAAUUGAUUUUGUACCGGAGAAACUGGGAUCGAUUCUCAGUUGGGAAUUCAGAUCCGAGAACCAUGACAUCAGAUUUGGAGUCCUGAGGAGGGGAACGGGUGGUGAAAAGGUGGAGCUCAUUCCAGUGCGCAGAGUUGCGGCUCAUCAACUGGAUGAGGUCGGUGUCCUGACCUGCGAGGAGCCUGGCACCUAUUCCGUUGUCUUUGAUAAUUCCUACAGCCUCUUGAGGAACAAGAAGAUUCACUACAAUGUCAGACUGGCGGAGCCCACAGAGGGACUCCAGGAACUCGCGUUUCAGGAUAUCUAGGAAUUUUUUUCUACGGAAGAAAUUUAAAAAAACAUUUUCAAAAAUUUCUUACGCUCGAAAUUGUCGUGUCUAUCCCAUGUCAUUGUUUGUCUUAAAAGAUACAAUUGUUUCAGAGAAUUUGAGAAUGAAAAUUCUAAAUUUCAUGAAGAAGGCGAAUUGAAUGUUAAUUGAAAUAAUUGAAUUUAAAUUUGAAUUUAAAUAUAAGAAACCAGCAGUUGUAUUCGUUCUUCAAACAGAUUUCCAGGUGAAGGAUGAAAUGUAAUAAUGAAUUUAAAUGCCGAUGAAUUUUUAUUUCAAAUGCGUUCGCAUGUCAUUCCAUUAUGUUAAAUCAUUGAUGAUUGCAGUGCAACUAUCAAUAAUUGAUUUCGAUUAAUUAUGUUGUAAAUAUUGAAUUAUUACAAAAUUGUAGGGAAUAAAUAUUCUAUAU